UUAUCCGACGGCAAAAAAUACCUAACUCGUAUACUUGAACAAGUUGUAACUAGCUGGACAUUAUGCCACACCAGUCGAUCAUUCAAUGUGGGAAUCCAGUCUACUCAACGUGUUGAAGGUUAUAAUUCUCUAAUUAAACGAUCGGUCAAAAGUUCAGCAACAUUGUUUGAAUUGGAUACACAUAUCCAGUCACUUCUCAACAAAGAACAACAAUUUGAAUGGUAUGAACAAUCAAAUCAAAAUCCAACAGUUGGUUUACCAAAUGUUAUCAGGAGAUACUUCAAAAGAAUAGAUGCUAUCAUCAAAAAAUUUCUUACUUCUCGUGUUUUAAAGAUGCAGCACAAUCAAAUAAAUGAGAGUUUACUUUAUCGCGAUGAUGAAGAACAAUCCAAUGAUGAAGAACAAUCUGAUGAAGAACAAGGCGAUGAUGAAGAACAAUCCAAUGUAAAACAAGGCGAUGAUGAAAAACAAUCUGAAAAGCUGAAUUUUUCUGAAGAUGACUAUGAGUCACUAAUAUCCAACCUAUAUGCUCUGAUUACAUACCUUAAUCAUGCUAACAUUCAUGAGCUUGUAACAAGAGGAUUAGUUUGUCGUCAUUUCUUUUCAGUAAUGUUUAAUUCAGAUAAGGCUAUGUUUCAUAUAGGGCUCAUUUCAGAUCGAUGGUAUAAUGAAAAGUUUUCUGAUUUUCAAAAAGAACCUGCAAUUACAAUUUUUAGCGAAAAGAACACUGUUAAAUCUAUAUAUGAACAUCAACAAAAUUUAUCUCAUCAAGCCAAAUAUAAUCAAGGUUUCGGUUAUGCAAAGAAAGCAAUUGGACUAGCUCUUGAAAUAGGCUGUAAAGACGAAUUAAAUAACAUGUUGCAAAGGUGGAUAAGAGAGAAGGAAAAUGAAAUUAGUUUUAGGCAACUAGAGAUUAACAAAGAAAAUCUGCCGAAUAUUAGCAACCCUUAUCAGACGCGUACAAAAGGUGCUCCAAGAAAACAUAUAAAGAGUGCAUUAGAAGGAAAUCAAAAGCAAAAGUCAAGUGAAACUGCUA